AUGAGCCCAACUACGGGGGUUCAGAAAGGAAGCGCUAACAAGCAUCAGUACCCUGCGGGGUCCAGCAGCGACUCGGACGACGAGUCGCGCUCGGCCAAGGAGAAGAACACCAAGAAGGUCAAGAAGAAGGCCAAGAAGGCCAAGAAGAAGGCCAAGAAGGCCAAGAAGAAGGCCAAGAAGAAGGCCAAGAAGGCCAAGAAGAAGGCCAAGAAGAAGGCCAAGAAGCCCGACGACGAUGACAGCUCGUCCAGCUCGUCCAGCUCGUCCAGUUCGUCCAGCUCAGAAUCAGCAAGCUCUGUGACAUCUACGUCGUCCACGAAGGCGGAACGCGAUGCUCGGAAGGCCAUUGUCGCUCGACAUCUACGGAUGACGCCGCUCGACGAGCUCGUUGAUGGCGAGUACAUGGUGUACCGAGGGAUGCUUCAGACGAUCUUUUUGGAGAACGAGCUCUGGGAGCUCGUCACGGGCGAGCGAGAGGUACCUGGUAUCAUGGCUCUGCGCAAGCAUCACGAGUACAUGCAAGAUGACAUGAAGGCCAACACUGCGAUUAUGAAGUCGCUGCCGAGUGACGUCAAGUUGCAAGUCCUACAUCUCGAUCGAGCCUCGGAGAAGUUUGAGUAUCUCGAGAACAAGUUUGCACGGCGCCGUCACAUCGAGUCCAGCGCCGACGUGUCGGCCCUCAUCGAUUUGAGGUUUGACCCGAUGCAGCAGACGUUGGACGAGUUCCUCGCCGAUUUCAAGAAGAAGGAGCUCGUGCUUCGUAUGCGCCAGAACGGACAAAUGCCCGAUGGCAUGCUCAAGUCGACGCUGCUCAGCGCCACAGACGUCACGCUCGAUAUCAUUGCGCAUGCACUGCUCGUCAAGUACGAAGACAUGAUGAAGUCGCCUGCAGGCGAUGACUGGAAGAAGAGCGCCAGCACAACGGACACGUCAACGCAGGAGGCGAACGCACUGAACGCCCACUCGAUCAAUGAGAUGCUCCAGAGCGCGAAUGCGCUCGGCUACCUCAACGACAACUAUCGAAUCGAGAAGCGCAAGAUCAUGUACGACUGCUGCGGCAAGCGCGGUCACACGGCCUACAACUGCUGGCACAGCCCGCAAGGCGGCCAAGAUGGUGGCAAUGGUGGUGUCGAGAAGAAGCUAAAGAUCGAAGAAUAA